AUGACAAGCGGUGACAGCAAAGCUUUCCACGUGGUUCGCCCGACAGAUUCACUGCAUUCCGAGGGCGUAGUUUGUACAUCCCGGAAGUACAGCAUAAAGAUCGUCCUAACGGUGAUUUGCAUAGCUGACGAAGACUAUUCCCCUUCAUCUUUCACCGCCGUAGCUGCGGAUAAUGGUGAUGGCAAUCCCACUUCUCUUCCCAUUACUUCUGAAGCAGGAAUCGCGCAGCUCGACGAUGACGUUACUGUCACCACCACUGACUCCGCCUCUGUAGGAGGCAGGACUAGCAUUUGUCAUGGAGACGACAGUGAUCAAUGCAGACGUCCGCAGAUGUACACAUCUGAAUUGAAGACCCUUCGAAUGGUGGAGAAUGCACCUUACGAAUUGCUUCGUCUUCCAGACGACUUUCUGUUCCCUGUUGUAGUGUCGGCCAACAUUCUCAGAUAUGAUCCCUGA